AAUCACAUUUAGCACUCCCUUUACAUGGCCACUAGGGCGCGCUGAAUACCAACCAAGAGUGGCACCAUUAUAGGGAAGUUGUCAUUGAAAACACCCUCUAAAAUGUAUGACAUCAUGUUGGAUGUCACUAACACGUGCUAAUUAAACUUUAGAUGUUAGAAUGUAGCGUAUUUGAUAGAUUCUUCUACGAUUUUUUUCUUUUUCUUUUUUUUAUUAAAUAGAGCUACUUGAUGCUAUUUAAUCAUUAGGUCAUUCCUGAAAUGCCUCAGAUUUACUUGAAAUAACCUGGGGGCAACAUAAGCCAAUUAUUUAUAGAUCAUUUGUUGAUAUUUGAUGAUGCAAUAAUUUGACGUGCUGAUUUGAUUCUUGCGCAUCCCUGGUUGGAUGACAACUGAAAGUAGAAGUGCAGUAGUUUGCAAAGAAGUCACGUCCACCCCUCCCUCUUUUUUCCUCUGCCCUUUCUCUCCCUCUAUCUUCUUCUCUCCAUCGCCUCUCUGAACCUGAUUGGUUUCCUCCAAAGAUAAUUGAAGACAAAAUGUGAUAUGCUUCAUGCCAUGGACAGAGACGCGGCUUCACCGGUGUCUGUUGCUACUACGACAAAGAAGGCGGUGGGCGGCAUCAGCGCACCUGAGGCUGCAGCCGCGUCCACAUGCACCAGGAGCAACAGCGGCCACAGUUGUCUGGACACCGGCUCCUCUAGAGCACCGACCGCUGAGCAGCCCGGUGUGGCCACCAACGUUGAGAUGGACGAGACCGAGGACGGAGAAGAGGAGCCCAAGUUUCAGCAUCCGCGUUUGCGCCGAGCCGGGGGAAGCGGCAGUGGCGGAAGUGGUGGAGGAGGAGGAGGCGGAGGCGGAGGAGGAGGAGGAGGAGGCAGUAUCAGGAUGAAGAACUUUACACCAGGAGGGGGAGCCGCGUCCUCGGCUUCCAGGAGAAACUCCAACAAGGAGCCCUGCCUUACGCACACUGAGGACGCUGCUGCCGCUCCACGGCCCUCCGCUGCCUCCAGAGCCACCAACACCCAGACACCCUGUCCGGGCGAUGCCGUCCUGCGCGGCGAGACCAACAGAGCAUCCAGGGCGGAGGCGUCGGAAUCAGCGGAGAAGGUUGUAGCGACAGCGGGUGAUGUGUGCGUUGCUCCAAUUUCCAGCAUGAAAUGCAACAAAAACGGAGAAUGCAGGAGGGACUCUGGUACCGGGAGCCUGCGCUCAAUCAUCUCCAAGCAGGAGAAGCAGACAGGAGGGUCGGGGAGGGCCGAGGACGCAGGGAGCGCCAAGCGAGGAGCCUGUAACUCGACCACCGCCAGCAUGGACGGCUCCAUCACACCAGGUGGGUCCCUGACCGGGGGCCACGGAGGAGACCCUGUGUCCGGCGGCGUCCCCGAGAAAAAGGACUCCAAGGUGUCCUUUUCCAACGCACCGAGCCGGAAAGCCUCGUCCUCGCUGCACGGCCCGACUCACACCCAGCAGCCGCGGAACUCUGUCACUUUCCAGAAGCCGGAGGAUGGACCGCAGAUCAUGCCCGCCGAGGAUGCAGAGCCUCGGGGCAGCCAAGCCAGCUUCAUGCAGCGGCAGUUUAGCAGCAUGCUGCAGCCGGGAGUUAACAAAUUCUCCUUACGCAUGUAUGGCAGUCAAAAAGCGGUGGAGAGGGAACAGGAGCGGGUCAAAUCAGCUGGAAAUUGGAUUAUCCACCCGUACAGUGAUUUCAGGUUCUACUGGGAUUUCACAAUGCUGCUGUUUAUGGUGGGCAACCUGAUCAUCAUCCCCGUGGGCAUCACCUUCUUCAAGGAGGAGACCACUACGCCUUGGAUCAUCUUCAAUGUGGUGUCAGACACUUUCUUCCUCAUGGACCUGGUGCUCAACUUUCGCACUGGUAUCAUCAUUGAGGACAACUCGGACAUCAUUUUGGACCCAAAAACCAUUAAGACGAAAUACCUUAAGACUUGGUUCAUUGUGGACUUUAUAUCCUCCAUUCCAGUGGAUUACAUAUUCCUCAUAGUGGAGAAGGGAAUCGACUCGGAGGUGUACAAGACUGCUCGAGCGUUGAGGAUUGUCCGUUUUACCAAGAUCCUUAGUCUUCUGAGACUGUUGAGGCUGUCCAGAUUAAUACGCUAUAUUCACCAGUGGGAAGAGAUCUUCCAUAUGACCUAUGACUUGGCCAGUGCGGUGAUGCGGAUCAUUAAUCUGAUUGCUAUGAUGCUGCUGCUUUGUCACUGGGACGGCUGCCUACAGUUCCUGGUUCCCAUGCUGCAGGAAUUCCCCUCAGACUGCUGGGUGUCUCUGAACAAGAUGGAGAACGACACGUGGUCAGAGCUCUACUCCUUUGCUGUAUUCAAAGCAAUGAGCCACAUGCUGUGCAUCGGUUAUGGCCGGCAAGCCCCGGAAAGUCUGUCCGAUAUCUGGCUCACCAUGCUGAGUAUGAUUGUAGGAGCUACUUGCUAUGCUGUUUUCAUUGGCCAUGCAACGGCUCUCAUCCAGUCCCUGGACUCCUCCAGACGUCAGUAUCAGGAGAAGUACAAACAAGUGGAGCAGUAUAUGUCCUUCCACAAGCUGCCUGCCGACUUCAGACAGAAAAUCCAUGACUACUAUGAGCACAGAUACCAGGGCAAGAUGUUUGACGAGGAGAGCAUUCUGGGAGAACUCAGUGAGCCUCUCAGAGAGGAAAUUGUCAACUUCAAUUGUCGCAAGCUGGUGGCGUCCAUGCCGCUGUUUGCCAACGCGGAGCCCAACUUUGUGACAGCCAUGUUGACCAAGCUGCACUUUGAGGUUUUCCAGCCACAUGAUUACAUCAUAAGGGAGGGCACAAUUGGAAAGAAAAUGUACUUUAUCCAGCAUGGAGUCUGCAGCGUUAUUACCAAGGGCACCCUUGCUAUGAAACUCUCUGAUGGCUCUUAUUUUGGAGAAAUCUGUUUAUUGACGAGGGGUCGGCGGACAGCCAGCGUGCGAGCAGAGACUUACUGUCGACUCUAUUCUCUGUCUGUUGACCACUUUAAUGAGGUGCUGGAGGAAUACCCUAUGAUGAGACGAGCCUUUGAGACUGUUGCCAUUGACCGUCUGGACCGAAUAGGUAAAAAGAACUCCAUCCUGAUGCAUAAGGUUCAGCAUGAUCUCAACUCUGGUGUCUUCAACAACCAGGAGAAUGAGAUGAUCCAGGAGAUUGUCAAGUAUGACCGUGAGAUGGUGAAGCUGGUGGACCUGCAGCGCCCACGAGCCAUGUCAAUGACCCCUUCCAUUGGUGGUAUCUUUGCUCCUCCUGGUCAAUCGCAGACAGGAUCUGCAAUUGCCACCCUCCAACAAGCUGUGGCCAUGAGCUUCUGUCCUCAGAUGGCAAGUCCAUUGGUGGGUCCAGGCUCUCUGCAGUCUCCUCGUAUGGUGCGAAGGUUUCAGGUGAUGCAGAGCCUGUCCAGUCCAGUCUCCAUGUCUCCUCUUCAGUCUCAACCACCUCAGACUCUUGGAGGAGCAUUCGGCUCAGCAAUCUCCAGCCCUCCUGUCCAAAGCCCCCUUGCAGUUUCAGGACGGACUUUCCAGUACAUGGCAAGCGCAGGACCCUCUGGGUCCCAGUUGUCCCUAGUACAGCACCAUGCACCCAGCCCGACAUAUACCCAGCAGAGGCCUGCCUCACACAAAAGCACCCACUCCCUUCAUACAGGCAGCUUGAGCCAGGACACCCGGGCCCUUUCUGCCUCCCAACCUUCACUUCCCCAGGAAGGAACACCACAAGCUGCCCCUGCAGCCCCCAGCCCUCCACCCUCUACUCGCACCUCCAACACCUCCAUCGGUCCCCCUCAGCCCACUCACCCGGGCCUGCCCGGGUCCUCAGGGGUGGGGAGAUCAGUAGGAGGUCAACAAAGGGUGGCCUUUGCCUCCAUUCCGCCUCCUGGUGGACCUGCUGCAGCAGCAGCAGCAGCAGCAGCAGCAGCUGCUGGAGCCGGACCUCCAGACUCUGGAGUUCCCAAGAAAGAUUCAAUUGUCAGCCUUCCAGAGCUAGACUCUGCCAGAUCCCGGCUGUCUUCCAACUUGUGACCCUGGUAGAGUUGAGGAAAGAGGCCUUUUUUGUAGGAGAAUCUGCUUGUUUUAGGUCAGUCCAGCUGAUCUUCUCAGCCUGCGAAAUGACCAAUCAGCUACCACCAUCGCCACCAGUCAUUUGACCUGGAUGCACCGUGUGGUGGCGUCAGGAGAAGGAAAAGAGAAACUCCAAGUCUUGCAACACUUUGGCUAUGAGGAGUCUAUAGAGUUAAACAUGUAUAACUUAAGGUUGAACUGGUCUAGUCUGCUGUACCAGCACCUUUAGUCUUAGUAUCACCCCGUACACUCUGCUUCCAAACACCUACUGUAUAUUGCUGUCUUUACUGUAAAGAUAAGAAGAAACAUAUGAUUAAUGUUACUAUUGCAUACUGUGUAGAAUCCAUGCAAUGCAAUCUAGCAGGAGCUGGACUUAAAAAUGAAAAUCAGGGACUUGAGGUCAAAUGACAAUGACAUUUUAAGCGUUCAAAAAGUGUUUUGAGUGUAAGUUUUUUCUGUAUAAGCUGUCGUAGCAAAAGAACACACUGCUCUUCAUAUUGUUUAAAAUAGUAGUAAAAAUAGUGUUUUAGACCGCUGGUCGAUCUUACAUCGAUGUGUACAUAGUUGAUGAAAACGUAUGGAAGGAUAUUAUAUUCAUUGUAUCUAUCCAAACCAAAGUUGAGCUCAAACACAAAGUCUGGUUGUGUCUGUAUCAACUAAAAAAGAAGCAUAGAAGAAAAUGCCAUUUAUUUAACUGCCUUGAUUCAACGUUAGAAGCCAUAUAUUUGGUUUGUGUGUAUGUAUAUAUGUGGGUGUAGGUUUGCGUGUGUGACUUUGUUGGUAUGUUUUGGUUCUAUUUUCAGAGAACGGACUCACAUGAUCUCUACACUCCUUUGUCAAGCGUGAUUGGUCUGACAUGCUGACAUUGGCACUUUUCACCAAACGUCUGGGAGGUGGUCAGCAUACUGAUUGUAAUCCUGAAGGCAAAGGUGGUUAAAUAAUCUGAGCUUUAUCAAAUGGAAACAUUUGUGAACAACCCACACUGUAUACUUGCUUGUUUUUGUCUAGGUUUAUUGAUUAACACAUGCAAUAUAAUUCUGCAAUACUCUACCCCGCCUAUAUAUAAAUAAAUAAACAAAUAUAUAUAUGUAUAUGUGUAUAUAUAUAUAUGUACACACAUAUAUAUAUGACUAUAAAUAUAAAUAUCUAUACAUAUUCUGUACAGGAAAUAGAACUUUUACCUUCUUCUUUUUAUUUAUUUUUUUUUUUUAAUUGUGAAAUCUGAAAGAAUCCAGCAGCUAUUGUGGCUUCACUUGAUAGGUAUUGUAAUCCAGUGACUAUGUGCUAUCUUAACCAAAAAUGUUGGAAUGAGGGAAUGCGAGGAAGGAGCAAUUGGUUUUGGAGCCACAGGAGAAUACCACACUUUGAGUUCAGCAAGUCAGAUCCUCAUAAAAUGUCACUUUAAAGCCCAUUUGAAGGUGUUAAGUGGUGUAAGAUGAAUGGGGGAUUUUAGGUAGGCAAUAUGGGGCAAGAAUGCUUCACUUGUAAAAAGUCGUCGCCUCAUAUCUUUCAUGUCUUUCUGUGCCCCGCAUCAUCCAAAACUUCCAACUUUUAAUAUCGUAACAUUUAGAUCCGUAGCCACCUUAUAGUUACAUUUUUGGGUUUGUGUUGAGGCUUGUGUUUUCCUCAUCCUUAACAAUCUGAUCCUGUUGAACCUAAAAGCCUUCUCUUGCUGAAUGUAUGCCAUACGAGAGGGAAGACAGCUAAUCAGAUAUAAACUGCCAUGUAAAUAAAGGGUCAGAGAUUAAAAAAAAAAAGAAAAGAAAAAAAAAAGCUUUUAUGAUGCAAGGGAGAUUGUGGGCAUUUAUGUAUGUGUUGCUGAGUGUGUGAUCUUUUUAGUUUCCGUGAUGCCUCUCUGGGUUGAAUGUUGCUGUAUGUAAUCCGUAUGCUACCCCCGUAACACCUGACCUAACACGAGAUUAUUCUUUUAGUUUCUUGUAAGAGAGGGUGUGCAUGGGAGCGAGUCGUAACCACUUUGAAUUCCUCAUUCUAUAGCAAACACUGAGGACAUCCAUUUAAGCGCCUUGUGUUGCACUAUGACCUUGUACUCAAAAUGAAAGUCAAUACUCUGUUUUCCCUGAAACAGUUGCAGUAACUUCUCCUGGAAACAUUAUUUGGUUAAACGGUGAUGAAGCAAAUCAAAUCCUAUUGGGAUAGAAAGGAGGCAGCUCGUUCACAUCCAACUUUUUCAGUGCCGAGCAUCGAUCCAAACAGUAAAUUCGAUGCAAUGGACAUUUUACUCAGGUUUGCUACCUUUCCAGAGUGAUAUAUUGAUUGGCGCAGCGCUUUACAUUGAUUUACGUGGACUUGUCUAUCCUGCCAUAAUCAACUUGUUGAUUUAACCAAGCGGAACGAUACUCCUUGAAUUUCAAUUGGCUUCGAAAAACAAGGUGGAUUUAGUGGAGUCAUAACCCUCAGAUAUUUAUGAGCAUAACUCGCUGGUGGUCUGUUUUGAUCACUCUUCCUGAGAGCUGUUUAAAUCUUGAAACAAAGUGUAGGUGAUUGUUUUUAUUAUCAUUAUUAUUAUUAUUAUUGAAAGGGCUUCAUUAUUUUGCUUGUCAUCCCUGGCUCAUCGUCACGGUGGAGCAGCCACACGCUGUCUCGUCCGUUUGAUCAGUAACAUGCACUAAACCUUGUUGCUUGUCGGGUCACAGUGCGUCAUCAGCAAAACACUCUGUUGCUUUUGUCCUGUAGGAAAGGUACAUGCCAAAAUGCCAAUACAAUUGUGAAUGAAGUCUUUUUGAGUCAAUAGACGCUGUGUGGUUCAAUACUUUUCCAGUGCAAUCAAUUGGUCCUCUUCCCUAUUCCUUUGUGCUAAUACCAGAGUUUGCCCUACUAAGCUGCUACCAGGACUGUGCUGAUAUUAUUUGAAUGAAUCCACAGUCAAUGAAAGCAAGAUGGAAUGAGAGUUCAAGAGCUAAUGUUUCAGGCAAUAUCAGGCACUGUCUCUGUUUCACUGCAUCCAUCCAAUAAGAUACUGUAGUGUGUCAUUCACUCCCACUCAAUGGAUGGCAUCCUAGACACUUUGAACAGUACUACUCUGUUUGAACCCUCAGCUAUGAGGCUGAUACAGCCCCCACGGACUGUGUCUGUGUCACAAGUGUGCUGAGUCAGUCGGCUUACAGCCACAUGUGGUGCCCAGUGCUGUAUUUGCCUGAUGACUGGGGGUUCACGGUUGCGAUUGUUUCAUGGUUCUUCUGGACCUUGCUGUGAAGUGGGAUUGAAAUCCCUCAUACAUGUUUGACACUGACUGACUAUUAUUGAGAGCGUCUAAGUUUCAAACCUCUCUUUCUUGCUGGACCAGAUAUAAAGGGUACUGAAUGCCUUGGUGUUGAUAUGUUAGCAAAUCAGGGUAUUGUUUUUGUUUGUAAAGGUGUCUAUGAUUUAUCAGUGUAUAUCGUUUGGUUAUUGUUUUUACAAUGUGCCCCAUGCACAUGGACUGUAUAUACCUUGUGCCUAGUAUAUCUAGUUUCCACAUAGUCUAUUUUUGUGGUAUGUAUGUGCCUGUACAAAUGCAAACAUGUGUUUUUAUUUUCAACUUGCAAUAUAUGUAAAAAAGAAAAACAAAAAAAAAAACAUUAGAUGAAGAUUAGUACUGCUGAAUUAAAAUGACAAUGUCAGUAUAUAUAAUUUUCCCUAAUUUGGGAAACACAAAAUUGCACAUUUUUGUUGGUUUGAGCCUUCCAACACCAUGCGCGCUGUACUCUGUACUUUUCAUGUUCUGUACAUAUGGUAUACACAGAGAUGUGGGGCACAUUGUUGUGUUUUUACCACAACCUGCUGUAUCAGAAACAUUUUCUACAGUGAGCGGGUGAGCUCUGACAGGCUUCUGGUGGAUAUCGGCAGUCUAGACGUUAGCUUAGAUGACCUGCUUGUUGCACAGAGCCAAAAAUGACGAAGAAAAUAAACUGUGGAAAUGGCUGCACAAUAAGAACAGAAACAAAACUCGGCUGUGCACAUGCUGGAAAAUCUUUCUCAAAAAUAUGUUGCUGCACAGUUCCGAACACUCUUAUGCUGGUUGCACACUGAUCAGGUGUUUGCCAUUUAAAAAAUAAAAAAUAAAGAUCUCUCAAAGGCUGAAUUGGGCUCACGAGCCACAGCAGUCACGAGCUCUACUCUUGGUUGACUUACCUUAACUGAUAAUAGCAGAGUGCAUGCUAGUAUUUUUCAUAUCUAAGCAAAGUUCUGUGUACGAUUCAUAGUGGGACCUUCAAAUCUAGACAUUGUCUUGUACCAACUACUGUACAAUGAUUUUAUUUAGUCUAACAGUUAAAUCUUUGUGUCGUAGCUACUGUAGCCUGCUUAACUUACCUAAGCCUUCUCUCUGCUUCAGGACUCUGUGUAUUGUGUGCUUGAGUUUGUGUGUGCGUGUGUGUGUUCCUGUGCCUUUCCUUCUAUAAUGUUGGUCCCACUUGAGAAUAUGAUGCCAUUGAGGGAUUUGAAAAUGCGUGACAGGCUAAGGAGAGAUGCCACCACAAGCUCGGAAGUGUUACCUGUUCACAAACUCCAUUUGUUUAAAAAAAAAUAUAUAUAUAUUAAGUAUAAUAAUUAUAAUAAUAACAAUAAUAAUAAUAAUGAUAAAACAAAAUAAAAAAAACAAACUGUAAUGACUCUGGCACAUCCCUAGACUUAGUAGCAUUCCACAGCCUACACAAGCAGCUCAGUGUGGGCCUCCAGAUACACUUUACCAGCACCAUGUAGACAACAGCACAGAUAUCUGACACAGCAUGUGUUCUCUCUUUCUGUAUCCCUCUCUCUCCAUUUCGAACUGGUGGCCAGUCUUCAUCCACUCCUGGCUGUGCUUCUGCUCUUAACACAAAGGUUAAAGUAUGUCAGAACUCCAGCUCUGUCUAAGUUGAUGUCUACAAUCCAGGGACAAGUCAGCACCGAGCCCGAGCCACAGCACUUCCAAAUCGAUCUUAAAAGAUCCGAUGGGAUACUUGGAAGGAUGGCCAUACUUGUGGCCGUCCAGUCCUUUCAGACAGAGAUGCACAGCUGGCGGCGAGGGCAUGGAGCUGAUUUGAACCUGUGUUCAAAAGGCUGUCUUGUCCACCACCUCUGCUGGCCGAGAACACAGAGCCGCACACUGGUCUCUCUCAAUAAGCUGGUCUGUCAGUCAGUGGCAAUGUUGUUUAAGCGUUCAUAAAAAGAGGAUACAUUGUUGUGCAAUAAAAAGAUGAGCGCAUUGGCAUACAUA